CAACGCUCCUAGGGUAUCGUCCACUGAUGGGGGUUGCGAGCACUUGAAGGUCAAACUGUCGCAAAAUGAUUGGUGCGUCACAUCGACAAUUCGUGAAAAUUUUCAGAAGCGGUCAAAUCAAGACAUUUUUAGAUUUGAAUUGAGUUCAGCCACACCAUGUCUGGUAACGUUCAUUCUUCAAGUAACGAAAACGAUGCCAUCGUGAUGAUGCAUGAUAUAGUUAAUAUGACUUCUGUGGUUAAUAAUUAUUUUUUUAGUAAACGCAUACUAAGUACGUUAUGUCAGUAUGCAAAGAGGACAGUGAUGAUCCAACUCUAAAGUACUUUUUCGUGAGUUAUGUCUGUACAUAUGGACGUAAACGCAGUUCGUCAGAGUCAGAUGCUUGCGUUCAGGAUGUAGAUGAUGAUAGUAAUAAUCAUUCUUCUGAAGAGCAUACAACUUCUAACUCGCCAACACAACCAAGGAAAAGGGGACGACGUCGGUCAUCUACGUAUGCCUUACUUCAAAUGAGUUUAUCCUUCAGGUCGAAAUAUUGCGUUUCAAUGACUACAUGCUGCCCUGUGGUCAUAUUUUGUAUGCACAUUCUAAAGGUAUGUGUGUUCCUUUAUCUCUAUAAGUUUUGUAGACUUAUUUCGACAUAGCAACAAGUGGACAAGAAAAUACAUAAUGGACCUGGUUCUUCGUGCGCUGGACAACAUCUCAAUCUUUACAGGGAGUGAUGAUCUGCUAGAGAAGUUCACUAGCAACUACCACUCAAUCCAUG